GGGUGCGAUUUCAAAUCCUCCGGCCGAAACAUCGACGGACCAUAAUGCGAUUCACGUUUGGAGGGAAACGAGGGUGCAACCACCGAUUUUGAUUUCGGGCAAAAGUGAGAUAGAUGCUCGUCCCUCAUCUCAACAUGGCGGGAAAAUGUCCGUACGCUCCUCCUCCCUCGCCCCCAAAAAAAUAAAUAAAGCCCUAGAACCCGCGCCUCUCUCUCUCUCUCUCUCCGAACCGGGAACUCCACCAUCUUCACCUUUUCUUUUGUUUUCCUCUGAUCCCUAGCGGUUCACGUGUCAUCUAUCGAUUCGGACCUCGCAAAUUCUCUCAAGGAACGGCACCCGGUGAUGGUUAUCUUUCGAUUGCUUGUUCGGGGGUUCGUCGCUUCGAUUUGCGGGUCGUUGAAGAUUGAGUUUUUGGGUAAUUUCGCUGAUGUCGGGUCGUUGAUGUGCUUCGUAGUCUAGUGGAAAUGGCCGGCGCGUUCGAGGAAGAAGCUGAGCAGACCAUCACAAUCCAGGAGUACCUCAAGGACGUGGAGGAGCAGGAAUUGGAAGCGGAUUUGGUAUUGGGUGGUGAUGAGGGUAAGGAUUGUACAUAUUCCCAAGGUUAUUUGAAGAGGCAGGCUAUUUUCUCAUGUUUGACGUGCACACCGGAUGGAAAUGCUGGAGUUUGCACUGCUUGCAGCUUGUCUUGUCACGAUGGGCAUGAGAUUCUGGAGCUCUGGACCAAAAGAAAUUUUCGGUGUGAUUGUGGAAAUUCAAAGUUUGGAGAGUUUUUCUGCAAGCUUUUUGCAAACAAGGAUGUGGAAAAUGUCAAGAAUUCAUAUAAUCACAACUUUAAGGGUUCAUACUGCACGUGUGGUCGGCCCUAUCCUGAUCCUGAUGUUGAAGAUCAAGUAGAGAUGAUACAGUGCUGUGUAUGCGAGGACUGGUUUCAUGAGGAGCAUAUUGGUCUAGAUUCAUCUCAUGAGAUUCCUCGUGAUGAAGAGGGAGAGCCUUUAUACGAGGACUUCAUAUGCCAAUCAUGCUCAGCUAAUUGUUCCUUUCUGAAAAGAUAUCCUCAAGCUAUAAUGGCCUCAAGGAGGCAUUGUGAUGCUAUACCAAAUGCUAGGAAGGAUAAAGAUGUUAUGAAGCAAACUCCUGCAGCUUCUGGGUCAGAGAAAGUUGAGAAUGACAGUUCUUGUAAAACUGAUUUUGUGACAAGUUCUCAAAGCAUCUCUCAUGAAAUUAAUGUGAGCAAUGGUGAAAGUUCUGCAAAUGGUAUAUGCUCAAAUAAUUCUAUGGAGGAGGAUGAUCAACAUGGCAGUUGUCUCUUUGGCUCUGAUGUGGAUCUUCAAUCCUCCAUUGGAGACUGCAAACCACUUUUUCUCUCCAAAAGUUGGAGGGAUGUCCUCUGUAAGUGUCAAGAGUGCAAGGAUAUGUACAAUCAGAAGAAUAUCAGUUUUCUGCUUGACAAGGAGGACUCAAUCAUGGAGUAUGAGAAAAUGGCUAAGCAGAAGAGGGAAGAAAAGAUGCAGCAGCUGGAAGGUGUAGAACAGAGUUUAUUAAACAAGUUAGGUCAUGUGCAGAAGAUGGAGAUCUUGACUGGCAUUGCAGACAUGAAGGAUGAGAUGCGUAAUUUCCUGGAGUCCUUUGAUCCAUCGAAGCCGAUCACCUCUGAUGAUAUCCACCAGGUUUUUGAGAAUCUUGCCAAGAAACGCAGGCGUGUGGAGUGAGCUCUUGUUGGGUCUUCUCUGGCUGUUGCAGAGCAGGUAGUGCCAUGACUGUUAAAUUAUCCCUUCAUGGUCUGUUUUAAAUUUUGAUCAGUUUAAAAAUAACUAUGCAGCGAGUAACAUAUAGUCUUCGUCAAGUUAGAAUGCUUCACGCAUGGAAUGCGGACUUUUGGUUCUGUAGAAAAUCAGUUUGCUUGACGUAAGGUUGACUAUUUUCACUUCAA